AUGAAGUAUGUGCAGAAUGCAGCCAUGACUCCAUCUUCAACGCCGGAACAACGGCACACCUCAACGCUGUCCACUUUAACUACGGUUGGGACUCUGGUGGUGAACGCCUUUUUCCAAUUUCUGCACUUUUCAGCCUACGUUGCCAGCACUUCGGCCUCUCGGGGCACGCCGACCCCGACCCAGUCCACGGCCCCUGGACGUAGACGGACGGGCUCGCUUAGGUGCUCUGCUCGUCGGGGAGGCAGAGUUCUGUGUGAAAGGACUGAGGACGGACUCACAUCAGGAUCCUUCCAUCUGGAGGCGGACCCUGAAGUCUCCUGUGGACUGUACCUGGGACCGCAGCAGACCCUGAGAAACUCUCCUUAUCAGACCAAUAUAGCCUAA